UCAAAAUGCGACUAUUGUCGCACGUAGGAGGAUAUAAACAAAAAAGCUAAUAUCUUUAUUUUGUUCCUCGUAGAGAAAUAUAUAGACUAAUCGCAUCACAUUAAGGAAUGGGUCUUGAUUUACAAAUUGUGCCUUCGCCAAUCAAAAAGGGGGAUGACAAGGGUAAGCAAAGAGGUAAACGGAAAUCAGCAGCCUCAAAAGAUGGGGCUGAAAAAGAUCAGGGCAAAGUGAAAAGCCAAACACGCCGCGGUGGUUCAAGUGGGAGCAGCAGUUCAAGUUCCAGUAGCGGCUCGGGUUCAAGUUCCAGCUCAUCCACAAGCUCCUCCGGUUCCUCGAGCUCCCGCUCAUCCUCAUCGUCGUCGUCCUCGCCAAGCCCCAACCGACAACGACAAAACAGACGGCGCUCCCCCUCAAAGUCCAAAGUGGUCAAGAAAGACGAUCGGGAUCGGGACCGGCGACGGAGAAGUCCCGCUUCAAAACCUACCAAGGUCUACCUGGGCCGGCUGACAAGAAAUGUCAUCAAGGAACAUGUCCAGGAGAUUUUCUCCACCUACGGCAAGAUCAAGAUGAUUGACAUGCCCAUGAACCGGAUUCACCCUCAUCUGUCUAAGGGCUACGCCUACAUCGAGUUUGAGACCCCCGAGGAAGCGGAGAAGGCACUCAAACACAUGGAUGGAGGGCAGAUUGACGGUCAGGAGAUUACAGUCAUAGCCGUCCUGACUCCGACAGUGCGGCCCCCACCUCGGAGGAUUUCGCUUCCCCGCAGAAUGCCACCUCCACCCCCGAUGUGGCGACGAUCUCCGCCUCGAAUGAGGAGGAGGUCUCCCCGGUCGCCAAGGCGACGCUCUCCAGUGCAGCGUAGGUCUCGAUCACCUGUCCGCCGUCGCCACCAGUCCCGGUCCAGUUCCAACUCCUCCCGCUAAAUACCCCCCUUCUCCAAAAAAAAAAC